AUGCGGUGACCUGCCAGCCCUGCGGUGGCCUCCCUCCUGCAGUUGCCCCCUCUGCCCACGACCCGGGGGGCCCGCCCCUGGCACCACCACCGGCCGCCAUGUCGACCUCGUCGCUGCGGCGCCAGAUGAAAAACAUCGUCCACAACUACUCGGAGGCCGAGAUCAAGGUCCGCGAGGCCACGAGCAACGACCCCUGGGGCCCGUCCAGCUCGCUCAUGUCUGAGAUCGCCGACCUCACCUACAACGUCGUCGCCUUCUCGGAGAUCAUGAGCAUGAUCUGGAAGCGGCUCAACGACCACGGCAAGAACUGGCGGCACGUGUACAAGGCCAUGACGCUGAUGGAGUACCUCAUCAAGACGGGCUCGGAGCGCGUGUCGCAGCAGUGCAAGGAGAACAUGUACGCUGUGCAGACGCUGAAGGACUUCCAGUACGUGGACCGCGACGGCAAGGACCAGGGCGUCAACGUGCGCGAGAAGGCCAAGCAGCUGGUGGCCCUACUGCGCGACGAGGACCGGCUGCGGGAGGAGCGAGCCCACGCGCUCAAGACCAAGGAGAAGCUGGCGCAGACCGCCACGGCCUCCUCUGCAGCAGUGGGCGCGGGGGCCCCGCCCGAAGCCGAGCAGGCGUGGCCGCAGAGCAGCGAGGAGGAGGAGCUGCAGCUGCAGCUGGCCUUGGCCAUGAGCAAGGAGGAGGCAGACCAGGUACCCAGCGGCGGGCGCGGGGCGGGCGCGGCGCGGCAGGGUUUGACUUUUGUUCUGCCAUCCCAUCUCCAUGCCUCCCCUCGCCCGCCUGCCCGCCCUCUCUCGGAGGCCUGCUGUCUCUCCCUGUCUCUGCUCACCCUGGACCCUGUGCUCUGCCUCCGUCCCUCCCUCCUCACUCCGUCCUGGGCUCCCCUCCCGGCUCCCUUCCCCUCGCCUUCCCUCCCUCCCUCCUCGCCCUGGAGGCUUGUCCUCCUCUGGCUCUGCCUGCCCCUCCCCAGUUUGGGGAACCGUUUCUCCACCCAAAAAAAGGAGAAGACGGAUUCCACCCGUGGGGAUUGCCUUAAGGCCUCCAGAUUGGCCAUUAAGGAAACACAAAGCGGGAAACCCGGGGCCAGGAGGAAGGUACCAGGAUCGGGGGUGCUGGCCUCGUUCCGUCUCUGGGUGCUGUCUCCCCCUCAGUCCUGUCCUGCUCACCCCUCCCCCCUUUCUCUGCAGUCGUCCCUCAUGGAUCUCGCUGAUGUCUUUAUGGCCCCGGCUCCUCCGACGGCCUCGGACCCCUGGGGGGGCCCAGCACCCAUGGCCACUGCCAUCCCCACAGCCACCCCUGCCUCGGACCCUUGGGGGGGACCUCCUGUUCCUCCAGCUGCUGAUCCCUGGGGUGGCCCGGCCCCUACCCCGGCCUCCGGGGACCCCUGGAGGCCUGCUGCCCCUGCAGGGCCCCCGGGACCUUGGGGUGGGACCCAGGCCCCUGCAGCUGGAGAGGGGCCCACCCCUGACCCGUGGGGGAGCUCAGACGGUGGGGCCCUGGUCGGUGGACCCCCAGCUGCUGAUCCCUGGGCCCCAGCCCCGGCCUUCUCGGACCCCUGGGGGGGGUCACCUGCCAAGCCCAGCACCAACGGCACUGCAGUGGUCGGGGGCUUCGACACAGAGCCUGACGAGUUCUCUGACUUUGACCGACUACGCACAGCCCUGCCGACCUCAGGGAGCAGCACAGGGGAGCUGCAGCUGCUGGCCGGGGAGGUGCCUGCCCGCAGCCCCGGGGCCUUCGACAUGAGCGGGGUCGAGGGCUCUCUGGCCGAGGCUGUGGGGAGCCCCCCGCCCAAGGCUGCCCCGACCCCCACGCCGCCCACACGGAAGACGCCGGAGUCAUUCCUGGGGCCCAACGCAGCCCUCGUGGACCUGGACUCCCUGGUGACUCGGCCGGGCCCCACGCUGCCGGGAGCCAAGGCCUCCAACCCCUUCCUGCCCAGCGGAGCCCCGGCCACCGGCCCCUCCGUCACCAACCCCUUCCAGCCCGCGCCCCCUGCGACGCUCACCCUGAACCAGCUCCGGCUCAGCCCCGGGCCCCCGGUCCCGGGGGCACCACCGACAUACAUCUCUCCCCUGGGCGGGGGCCCAGGCCUGCCCCCCAUCCUGCCCCCGGGUCCCUCGGCCCCAACACUAACACCGUACAUCCUAUUACGCUGUCUGGGAGUGGCCUGGCGGCCCCUGUCCAGACGGCGGGAGUGGACAGGCGCCCGCCGAGGGGCGGGGCUGCGGGUCCACCGGGGUCAGGCCCGGGGCGGGCGCUGUGCGGUCUGCGGCCGGCAGGGGGCGCCCGAGACCAGGGACUCGGCCACGGUUUUCUGCUGCAACUCGUGGCGCACGGGUCACAGGCAGGCACGCUGGUCGCGGUGA